UGCAGGUUACGUUAGGAAAUGUGCUUAGGCAUUUAUAUCCUAUCCACAGAAAUUAACUUGCUCACUGAAAAACGAACUUCCUUAUCUUUAAUUGGCUUAUACUGUACUAGGCCUAUUUCUUUAUCGUGGCUUGUUUAGUGUACAUGCAUAGGUACUGUAAGAUCUUUGCAAUUCCCCAGGUUGGUGCUAACGUUAGUUAAUUUCACAGUGCAAGCAGACUUCUCCCCCGUUUAUGUUUGUAUAUUUCCGUUUUGCUUCAAAUGCAAAAAUGUAUUGCAGCACCUAUCGGCGGCCUAUUCUUUCCAAGUAUGAACGACGUCAGUUGUCACUGUACCGAGAAAGCCACCGCCAGCGGAACUGAACACCAGCAACGUCAAAAGAACCCACAUCCAGUUGUCCUUCCGACAUACUCCUCCCGAACUCUUCAUCAUCCCUCGUUUCUGUCACUGUACAUGGCUGUGGGGCCUACGCAGUGGAACUUGCAAGUGCCGGGCUACAGGGGGAUUGCUUUGCCAGCCAUGAUUCCCUCUGAUUUUUUUUACACUGACCCCACUCUACCCCCAGGGAGUAGAGUAUCUAAUGGGGUGACUCAACUGGAGGCCUUUGAGUGUUGUCAGUUGAACACUCCUCCUCCAGUCAUGUCCAUUAUUGCAGAUUCGCCCUCUAGAUUAGACCCCUUCAGAGCCAGACCCUACCCCACCCGGGAUCUUGGCUCCCAGAUGUGGACAUGGAACAGCCUGUCAACUUUCACAUCCAGAACUGCACAGGGACAAAUUUUGGAGAUCAUCCAAAUAUCUGCAGAGGAAGAUGAAGCUAUUACCAGCCUUCUGAAGCUGCACUAUCAGAGCCAGCUAGAGACUGCCUCCAGUGACCCUUGGGGAAACAUGACCGCUCAAGAUCUUACAGUAGAUGAUCAUCAGUCCCUAUGACAGCCAGCUUCAACUCAGCCAUCUCUCUCUGAUCCAGGGCCUUCCUCAAACAGUGUAGAAGUUUUGAUGCCAUCACUCCAUCUCGGAGUGUCAGCCUAUGCAGGGGUCUGAUGUAGUGACAGAAACUUCCCGGGUCCUGUUCAGUGUGGAAAACUUUGUGACUGACCAUUUUGGUAAGGAGCCACUGAGUCUGAGCCAAGGAGCUGUAUGAAACCAAUAAACUGAGAAACUACGCUGCUGCGUACCUGCAGAAUAGGAAGUACUGACCAUGAAUGAUGGGAAACUUGAAUAAAGGCCUGUGAUGAAAAGAAUUUGAGUCUUCUGAGGAAGACCUGUAGUUAUUGUGAGAUGACAGACAGCAGAGUGUAGAAAUGUCCUGGGAGUGAGGAACUGCAGGGUUUAGACUGGGGAACAUUGGAGCUCACGGGGGUCCUUGAACUGUGUGCACGGAAUAGCAUGUUUUUGGCAGUGGGACAUGGGGAACAUUGAGGUUGGGGGAUUUGGUGUCUGUGGAAGGGGCUAAACCCCCUUGCUCAGGCACCAAAACAAGCACAAAUAGCACAUUCCAGCUGUGUAUUAUUUUCCAUUGUUUCUUGUGUAUAUUGUCACUUUUGGAAGCUGACUUCAUAGUUCUUAACUGCUUCCUUUCCUGUUGGUUUAAAAAUAUGUACCUAGCCACAUGAUUGACAUGAAUCAAUCUGUGCUUAAUGUUUGGGUUCAGUUUUCACUUUGUAAAAUAGAAAUAAUGUUCAUGGCACUGAUGCAAGAAUUCUGUUUUUGCUUGAAUUAAUAA